CAUUAUCAGCCCCCAAAACCGACCUGCCAUGGCUAUAAAAACCAGCAGGCUGAGACCCUGCAACCACCUUAACCUUAAAGGUGCUUCAACCGACCGGAACUCUGCCUCGUCUCUCUCCAGAUCCCCAGGACUGCCAGGAUCCAUCCAAGGAUUGAUAAAGGAAAAUGGAAGGCGAUUGUGACCAGCGGGAAGGGCGAGCUUCGUGGCGUCACCAACCCUGUUUGCGCUAUGGGGAAAAUGCUUUCAGAUUUGUGGUUGCAGGAUUUGCUUUGCUCUCUGGUAUGUGCAUAGCCCUGAGCACUCAAUGUGCCCAACCAACCCAUCAGCACCCCAGGCAAAAAGUCAGUCGUUCCCACUUAGAAAGGCAUCUCGACACAUGGGUCCAGCACAGGGUUAGGAGGUACACAAAAACUGAGACUGAUUGGCCCUGGUCUCAAGCUCACAUAAAAUACACAGGAAGCAUGGGGUUAAAUUCUAACAAAGGCUUAAAUCUGUCAACGGUGGUGAUGCACGGGUCGGAGGUGUACUUGGAAAAUGAAUGGAGCUGGGAUAGCACAAACAGACUUCCACAGCUGCUGGGGACGGUGGGACAACACAUAAAGGUAGGCUGCAGGGUUAUCAAUGGAUCCACUCACCAGCGAGUAAGUCAGAUCUCCGUAACCGAAGUAAAAACUAAGAAGAAUCAGAAAAAGAGCUGUGCUGCAGAAAAAUGGGACUGCUGGUGCAAUUUUACUUUGGUCCAGCCAGUCUUUGUGGUCUGCCUCUGGGCACAAAACAGCGUGGGGCUGUCCUUUAAAUUCCAGAUUAGCACCACGACACACUCCUUUGCUGCCGUCAAGAUCUCCAAGUGCCAUUUCUUGGCCUGGCACGCAGCCCCAUACGCUGAAGUUGGCAACCAGGUAAAAUUGGAAAUUGAAUAUUCCCAAGAAAGUGUAACUGACCCAAUGCAAACUGAUGGCACCAUCAUGACCAUCACUGCCCCUCAUGGCCGCGAGUGGGUCAUGCCAGUAAAAUGCCUCCGUGAGACCAAAACGCUUAAUAGAUCUGAAUUAGGUGCAGAAGCUUCAUGGUAUAAUCAGGAUUAUGGAAACUGUCCACACCUGGUCAUAAACCUCCAGGUAUGGUGUCGAGGAAGCCUAAGCAUAGACAUGUCCUCUGAGCUUGGAGGGAAGUGGUGGAUAGGAGGUCCUGAUGGAUUUAAGAAGGAGUUUACCAUCAUUGCUGUCUUACGCCCCUUCAUUUCCAAAAUAGGCCCUUACGUAGUCAAGCAAAAUCACAUCCAAGAGCUGUUGACGGGGCCUGUCCGAUCACUGAAGAAGGUGGUGUUGUCCCUGUCCACCGUUAACAUUUCAUCUGUCAGACCUCACUGUGCCCCCUUCCUCUCCACGCUCCACACAGGCUGGCUGGCAUGGCUCCACAGCCGCUCCAUCCAGGGCACCCGGGCCAGGAGAGACCUGCUGGCCACAGCACUGGGAGGAGGAGCUGCUGGGAUGGGGGUCCUCAACACUAUGAACGUUGAGGUUUUGACCAACAAGCUGGAGGCUGUCACCUCGGGCGUGCAGGGGCUCCUCAACCCCUUGAAUUCAUCCCUGGCCAGCCUUGGGAUGGGGCAGUGGCUCGUGUCAGAGGUGCUGCCUACCUGGGAACAAAUAAACGAGAAAGACCACCAGAUGCUGUUGCGAGCGUUGGGCAUCGAACAAAAUAACAUCUCUCUUGCUCUUAGCUGCAUCCAGGCCCAGAUGUGGGUGCAGAGUGUCGUUGCAGGUAUCCUGAGAGAUGGGGACAACGGUAUCCUCCCCACCGAGAUCCGAAAGAUCGUGUGGGAUGCAGCCACAGAAAAGGAGCGGAAGCUCCAAGCCUGGUGGAGGCUUGUCAACUUCACCCAUGACCAGGUCCUCAAUGCAGUCAUCACCUACGUCCUCACUGUGACAGAGGCUCGCAUCGAAAAGGUCUACCCUGUUGUGGCCCUGGGGGUUAACACAAAUGGGUCUGUGGUCUACCCCCUGGACCACCGCAUGUGGGCGAGGGUGUCUGAUGGGAAAUGGCAGUCGGUAGAUUUGGAAGCCUGCAUUUUCGAAAGGGGGCUGGGAUUCAUAUGUGAAGAUGAUGCCCUUAAAGCAAGUGACGUUUGCUUUGACACCAGAGAGGGGGUGUGCCACUUUGAGAUCAAUCCCCAGAGCAGCAAUAAGACCGUGUUGGUGUACGUAGGGAAAGGGUGCGUGUGCUUCAGAACAAUGUGUAAAUACGUGCAGAUCAAUGAAGUCUAUAACCAGAGCGUGUUUAACAACUCAAAUAUGUGUGCUUGCAAUGUAGCUGUUAUUAGAGGCUGUGAUUUUGUGUAUAAGCCACCUGUAUUCACUAGCCAGUUGCUAAUAAGAAACUACACCUUGUAUCGUAGUAUAACCCCAACCCCUAUCGGUAUGGAUUUGUCACUUGUAAAAGAGAUGUUAGAGCAUGCAAAUUUACAGCAGCUGCUAGAAGAUGCUAAGGCAGAAGCUAGAAAGAUCCUAAUAACUGUACAUCACGAUGGUAAUGUUAUAAAGCAGGUAAUGGAACGAAUAAAGAGGGUGGGAGAACAUCAUUGGUGGGAAAUUUUCUUUGGCUGGUCCCCCACUGCCACCAGCAUCUUCAAUGCGCUGCUGCACCCUGUAGUAGUUAUCCUGCUAAUGCAAAUCUGUGUGUGCUUUGCCAUGGUAGUGACUUGUUACUGGAUGAGGCAGGUGAAACUCUGCAUUGACAAAGAGGUGCAAGGACUGAGGUUGGCCAAACGCCUCCUGCCAUAGUCAAGGGCAAGACUGGGUUGGCCUCUGUGUUUGCCACCAAGAAGAACCUUUAGCUCCGCUGUUGGCUGCAACCCAGUAGGCGUUGAGCGGUGGGGACACAUGCCAUGCCAGACCUUGAUGUGAGGGAUGGCCUCCUCUGGUAUAAGAGGGCCAUCCAGGAGGGAAGGGCAGGCCAAGCAGCUUGUGGUUGGCGUGAAUCACAGAAUGGUAGAGGUUGGAGGGGACCUCUUGAGAUGAUCAAGUCCAAUCCCUCUGCUCAAGCAGGGCCACCUAAACCAGACUGCCCAGGCUGUAUCCAGCUGGGUUUUGACUGUCUCCACAUAUAGAGACUCCACAACCUCUCUGGGCAACCUGCACCAGUGUUUCAUCAACCUCACAGUAAAAAAGCAAAAGUUAGCAUAAGUAACUAUUAUAAGUAAUAAUAGUAAUAAGUAACUAUUGUGUUUGAACCUCCCAUCCUCACAUGCUAAUGUCAAGAUGCUGCUCUUGUGUGAUAUAAGACUCCUUAAGCAGAAAAGGAGAAAAGGAAAGCCAAGGACUGUGUCUUUGGAAGUGAAGAGAAGGGAACAUCAUGCUAGAGCCUGGAAACCACUCACUGAAGAUGGCAGUGGUGUUACCAGCCUCAAAGACUUGGAAAGAUGAUAAAAGAUGAGCAGAAUGUAAUCACCUUGGACUUAAAGGAGCUGAAUCCACAUGGACCUUUGCAGCAUCUAUCUCCAGGUUCCCAAGACUCCCAGUGCACCUGGCCAGUGCAUUGGUGAGAUCUUGUUUUUGGAGCCUGGACAUCACUGCUUUGUUUUGCUUUGCUUAGUUGUGCACGCACUCAAUAAAGUCUAUCUGUUAG